AUGUCCAUCCCCAUGACCCCCGCCCAAGCCUCGGCCCUACCCUCGGCCCUGCGGAACAGCAUCUACAGCUCCCUGCUCAGCAGCGGGGGGAUCCGCAGCAUAGAAGGCACCCUGACCCAGCUGCUGCAGACCAGCGGCUUCCAAGCCCAGCUGCGCGCCUACAUCGCCGAGCUGUUCCGCACGGGCCAGGCGACGACGGCCCACGACGCUCACGUCCUGGCCAUGGCCCGCAUACGAGAGUGCAUGCGCGACGACGCCGGCACGGGUGACGGCGCUUCGGGCCCGGAUCUGCGCGUGCCUGAUCUGGUUGUCCGCGAGGGGAGUAGGGUUCUUUUGAUUAGAGUUGCUGCAUCGGAGCUACUGGAUGGGAACUUCUGGAUUGGAACUACUGGAUUGGAACUACUGGAUUGGAACUUCUGGGUUAGAACUACUGGACUGAAACUACUGGAUUGGAACUACUGGAUUGGAACUACUGGAUUGGAACUACUGGAUUGGAACUACUGGAUUGAAACUACUGGAUUGGAACUACUGGAUUGGAACUACUAA